ACUUAGUCAUUAAGUAUAGUUUUUGUUAGCAGAGCUAAUUCAUUCAUUACAUUUUUUCAUUUUCCAGUUUCUUUUAACCAUGCGGAAGUUCUUGAUGUCUGACCCCCAUUAUUCUGAAAAUGCACUUAAGAUUAUAAAAGAGGAAGUUCAAAAGAUAUACAACAACAAUUCAACCCGUUCCUUUCAUGAGCUUUACACGAGUGCUUAUCAUAUGGUGCUACUGAAAGAUGGGGAAAAACUUUACUGUGGAAUUAUGACGACCUUGGCUGCUGAAAUAAGAGAAAUUUUAGCAUUAAUUGAAUCUGCUGGAGAUGAAAAUUUCUUGGAAGAGCUCAACAGGAAAUGGAUGCACCAUAAAGUGGCAUUGGGAUUCGUCCAUGACAUACUGUUGUACAUGGAUAGAAAUUUCAUAAAAACAACCCAGGGUACAAUAACUAUUCAUGAAAUUGGUUACAGUCGUUGGAUAGAUUUUGUGAUCGGUUCCAAAGGAAUUCGUGAUAAGCUUCCAAAUACACUUGUUAAUCUUGUGCUUAGAGAAAGGAGGGGUGAAGUAAUUAGCACAGGCUUGACGGGGAACAUAACUAAGAUGCUAAUGGAUCUCGGUAUGCCUGUUUACGAGAAGAACUUUAAGAAGCCUUUUCUUGCAGAUUUUGAAGUUUUUUAUGGUAGUGAGUCCCGGGAAUUAAUUAACUCUGGCGAUUGUCGGGAUUAUCUGAUGGAAGCUGAGAGGCGUAUAAAUGAAGAAUGGGAGAGAGUAUCUGACUACUUGGAUCCUAGCUGUGAGUCAAAGAUAAUUAGAGUGGUAGUGAAACAAAUGAUUGAAAAUCAUAUGCAGACACUUGUUCAUAUGGAGAAUUCAGGCCUUGUUAAUAUGCUUAUGGGUGACAAAUAUGAGGACUUGGAAAGAAUGUAUAACUUGUUUUCCAGGACACCUUCUGGACUGACAGUUGUUAAAGAUGUCAUGACUUCUUUUAUACGGGAUACUGGUAAGCAGUUAAUUAUGGAUCCCGAGAGAUUGAAAGAUCCUGUGGAUUUGGUGCAGCAUCUUUUGGAUUUGAAGGAAAAAUAUGACAAAGCUAUUACAUUGGCGUUUAACAACGACAUGAAAUUUCAGAAUGCCUUGAACUCUGCAUUUGAAUAUUUUAUCAAUUUGAAUGCUCGGUCUCCAGAGUUCAUUUCUUUGUUUGUGGAUGACAAGCUUCGCAGAGGGUUGAAGGGGGUUGGUGAGGAGGAUGUGGAGAUUGUACUAGACAAAGUAAUGAGGCUUUUCCGGUAUCUGCAAGAGAAGGACGUGUUUGAAAAGUAUCAUAAGCAACACCUAGCAAAAAGGCUUCUUUCAGGGAAGAACGUAUCUGAUGAGGCAGAAAGAAGUUUGAUUGUUAAGCUCAAAACAGAAUGUGGAUAUCAAUUCACUUCUAAGUUAGAGGGAAUGCUUACAGACAUGAAUACUUCUUAUGAUAUGAUGCAAGGUUUCUUAGCAUGCCAUGGUGCUGAGUUGGGAGAUAGCCCUACACUAUCUGUCCAGGUGCUUACAACAGAUUCAUGGCCUAUUCAGUCCAGUCCUCAAUGUAAUCUUCCAUCUGAAGUUCUAGGUGCAUAUGAGAAGUUUCGUAAUUAUUAUCUCGGUAAACACAUUGGACGGAGUUUGUCCUUGAAAACUAAUACGGGGACUGCUGAUUUAAUGGCUACAUUUGGCAUGGGCCGGAAGCAUGAGCUGAAUGUUUCCACAUACCAGAUGUCUAUACUCAUGCUUUUCAAUAAUGAUGAUUGGUUGAGUUGCAAGGAGAUAGAGCAGGCUACAGCAAUACCCAUGUCAGAUUUGAAGAGGUGCCUUCAGUCUUUAGCUUUAGUCAAAGGCAAAAAUGUUCUUCGGAAAGAGCCAAUGAGCAAGGACAUAGCUGAAGAUGAUGCAUUCUUUUUCAAUGACGAAUUCACUAACAAGCUCUUCAAGGUAAGGAUAGGGACUGUAGCUGCGCAGAGGGAGUCUGAACAAGAAAGUGUAGAAACUCGGAAAAGAGUGGAGGAAGAUAGAAAGCCACAGAUUGAGGCAGCAAUUGUGAGGGUAAUGAAAACUAGAAAGAUUCUAGAAUAUAAUAACAUCAUCGCCGAGGUCACAAAACAGCUGCUGGCACAAUUUUUGCCUAAUCCUGCCGCUAUUAAAAAAGGGAUUGAAUCCCUCAUUGAGCGUGAGUUUUUAGAGAGAUAUACGGACAGAAACACGUACCGCUAUCUUGCUUGAAGCAGUAUGUGCUUUUAUUUCCCUGUUAAAACAUUUUUAUCAUGGAACCUUUGUGAUUUUGUCUGUCAUAAGUUUGAGUGCUAAAUUUUGUUUGCUUGUCAUGUAUUUUGUUGAUUUUGUUGUAUUGCACUGCACUCUUUUCCUGAAAAGGUUUUUAACGAGGCAGUUGCGGAAUAAAUUUUGCAAUACUUUUUAUUAUUGGUGAGGUACUCUUUCAUAAAUUGAAUUGUGUUUUCAAAAUAUUUUUAAUUUAUAUUUUAUUUUAUCUGUA